CCGCAACAAUUAUAUAUUUGAGCUUCAUCAAAACCCCAUUUUCUCUUUUUCUCUCACUCUCUGCAACUGAAGUAGCCCAUCACAACGAAGCAUUGAAUUUUGUAGUGUCUAUUAUGUGUUGAUUAGGGAACUAUGGCUUCAAAACUACCUAUAGUGAAAGCAAAGGCUGUUGAAGCUUCAAAGUUCUUGACCAAGCAUGGAUGUGCAUACUACAAGCAGACAUUGGAACAGAACAAGCAAUAUAUUCAAGAGCCACCUACUGUGGAGAAAUGCCAGCAUUUGGCAAAACAAGUAUUCUACACUCGCUUAGCUAGUAUUCCUGGCCGUUAUCAAGCAUUCUGGAAGGAACUUGAUGAUGUCAAGCACUUAUGGAAGCACAGACAGGAGCUGAAAAUCGAGGAUGCUGGCAUUGCUGCUCUUUUUGGCCUUGAAUGUUUUGCUUGGUUUUGUGCUGGGGAGAUCAUAGGACGAGGGUUCACGAUUACUGGUUAUUAUGUCUGAAUGUCUCCAAGUAUUAGGUUUCAAAGGAAUGACUUAUGUCACUGUUGAUAAAAGGUCAUUGUCAAUCUCUACUUUGAGCGGGAUAACACGUAUCAGCGAGAUACAGAUUUUCAAUUUUCAUGUUUAGCAAGUACAAUGUACGCAGAGGAUGAGCCUUCUGCUAAAGAUUUCAAAGGCUGAGUUAGGAGUAAUAUACGUGCUUCAAUAAGGCGGCAUCAAGCAUGUAUUGUGCGAUUAUUGUUGCUUCUAUAUGUUUAUUUUCCUCUGGAAUCAAAAUAAUUCCUGUGCGGCUUUCUUUAACGCUGUCUUAAAGUUAAAGCUGUUUAACUGAAAAGAGAAGUUUUCGCUGAACUA